UAAAUUGAUGUCUCACUUUGGCUCAGACUGGCCCCUAGCUGGCAGAGGUCUCUCCAGCGUCCAUGCUGGCACCUGUGUUAUGUUGAUUUUGCUCCAAAAAAGGAAGUAAGCAACUGAGGAAUUGACCAUCAUGGAUGUGGCACUGAGUGGAGGCAACAAACUGAAGCAAAGAGGUCCUGGGAACUUUGAGGAAGAGAAUGCUUGGCUACAGGAGUGGAUCCAUGAAGAACUUGCCCAUGGUGAAGUCUGGCAGAAGCAAUAUGAGGCACUGUUGGGACAUCAGGCCCAACUCUGCUCCUUGCUACAGGCCAAGAGUCUCAGACCCCUGGAGAAGAAGACCCAGGGAUUGCAAGAGGAGCUGGAGGAAGCCCAGGAGGCCCUGCGGGAGUGCCAGAAUCGCAAUCGUCAACGACAACUGCACAUCCACAAGCAAGAAAAGGAAAAUCAGAGAAUGGCAGAAACUGUUAAAGAACUGGAAAAAAAGGUCUUCAAGCAACAGUUGGAAGAGAAAUCCAAUAAGGACAUCCUAAGGGAAAUGAGAACUGAAGGCAAUGAGCUGAAGAGGCACUUGUCUGAAUGGGAGGCCAAGUGGCAGACAAAGAAUGACAGGAUCAGACAGGAGCUGCACAGAAACAUCACCCUCUUGGAAGACAGAGUAAUGGAAGCUCAGCAGGAGGUAUCACUAUUUCAGAAAGAGAAACAUUCUGGACAGGCAGGGAUGACCUCAGCUAGGGGCUUUCUUUUGGAAGAACAAGCAUGUGACCUGAUGAAAAGACUACCAUGUCUGGAAUUCAACAGAAUCAGUUUCAAAGACCAGCUUCCUUCCUUGUUUCCCCUGCACCCAACUGUCUGGGAUGCCUGGAGCCUGCUGUGGGCGUUAGCUAAGGCCCUAUUUCUGAUCCUGCUGUCGGUUCUGGUCUUCUGCCUCUUCCAAGGCUGGUUUUCCAGCCAGCCAUGUGUGCAGCUCCAUUCAGCUCCUUGGCUCUAUAUCCAGCCCAAGAGGUUACUGCCCCCUUUAGCAUCAUGAAGGCAUUUAUGCUUCUGUGACUGAAUGUCCUUUAAUAAAGUUUAAUAACAAGCAA